CUUCUCCAAGUUGUGUCAUGUACUUUAUACAACUUUAUUUUUCUUCCUUUUACCCCCCAUUAUCUCUGUGUGUAAUCUGCUCCUCCCUUCUCCGUCCAUGUCUUUUAAUCUUCAUUGUCAUCUCAUAUGUCCGCCCGAUCUUUGUCUUCGUCCUUCAUCCUAAAACUCUACAAAUGCCAUCGAAUCAUAGCCUUGAGCCCAUUGAAACCACCAUCGAUGUUGAUGAAGUGUUUCCAAAAUUUGUGUCUCUAGAUCUGCAAUGUGAUUGCCAUGCAGAGGCGUUGUUUCAAUUAGUUGUGGAGGAGACGCAGAUGGAAAGCGAACAUGACGGUGAUGAUGAUGAAAAGCCAAAGGGUGAAUCCGAAUAUGGCAGAAAGCCAAGAUUUUUUAUUUUAUCACCUUGAGGAUUGUGGCUCAAGCACAUAUGGAGACCCGAAUUUGCUUUGCCAUCACGAUUUCUAAAUCGAGGAUAUGUAUGUGCUAGGCCCUAAUAUUCAUGAUGGUGGUUUCUAGUAUGAAAGUUGUGUCUGUAUACCUUACUCCCUCUUUAUUUCCCUAUUUGGUUUAACUGAUGAUGCCAACUGUGGGGUUAUACAUGCUAUGAUUUGUUGUACGAAAUAUGUGGUUGUUUUAAUGUGUUUAGAUAUGUUGUUGGAGGCGAUAUGAUUAAAUUGAUCGCCCCCUUGUUUGGUAAUGAUAUUCAUGUCAGAGACUAUUAUAUGACCUC